UGAGGUACUUUGCCUUCGAUUUUUAAUGCGAGAAGAGUUCAGCACUCUCUUCCCUCUGUGUACACACGAACUAGCGCCAUCCACUAGACCAGGAGCGGAAGCGAGAGAACAACUCACUGUGCAAGAAAAGCUCGCUUGCGCCGGGCUUCGAACCCCUGACCUGACCUCUAGAAUGUUUCAAGGUUACCAACUAGACCAGCGAAAGUGACGGUUGGCAAUAACUUACGGAUUUCGCAUCAUUGGGGCUUAUCAGCAGUUCGGUCCAGCACCCUAACCCCCCCCAAAAAACGACCCAUCGCCACGGACAAGAACAACAGAAAUAGUCUACGGGCGAUCCCAACCCUCGAAUCGCAACAAAUACAAAAAAGCACAGCAACCAGCUGACGAUUGGACCCUACAUUAGUCUACCCAGUGUCGGGUGCGAUCCACAAUGUUCUAAUGAUCAACAAGUGACUUCUUAGGUCUACCCCUAUCGUGUAAUUCAUCGCCCAGGCGUUUUUGUUUGUUGUUGUCUUCACUUCAAAUC